AUGUCUCGAUCCUUGAUCUCUUCUUCCAAAAACCCUCCCAUCCAGAUCGGUAACUUUAGGGAGUUAGAUGAGCUGAAGACUUGUGGGUGUGCGAAGUCAGCAAAUGAACAGACGAGCUGGAAAUAUCACAACCCGGGAAAGCGGUUCUGGAACUACAGCAACAGUUUGACAUCAUUAAAAAUAUGUGAUUACUUCUUGUGGAAAGACGAUGAGUUGCGUGAGGGGUACUACAAGAACCUUAAUAGAACAUUAAAGCAACAGGUAGAUUCAAAGGAGAAAUUUGUUGAACUGAUUAACCUUAUAAAGAAGGUUGUGGAGUUGGAGUUUAUGCUUUCAAAGGAAAAGUCGGUUGUUGACAAGCUUGAGAAGAAUGUAACAAAGGAGAAGCAAGUUGUGAUGAUGCUUAACAACAAAUUGGAAGCUUCCAUGCAACAAAAUUUCAUGUUGAAAGUGUUGGUUGUGAUAAUUAUGUUGAUUGUUGCACUUUGGUGCUUUAAGUAG